AUGGGCAUUAAAAAACUCUCAAUCGAAUACGAUGCCAUCAACAGCAAAAACACCUUCACGAAUGGAGAUAUCAUUUAUGGAAGAAUUAUUGUGGAGGUGUCUGGUGAAACCAAAAUCCAAUCGCUGAUUUUUAGAGGACAAGGAAGAGCGAAGGUAUGCUGGACUGAGCAUUACGGAAAAGAUCAAACCCACGUUUACUGGGCUACUGAGAAAUAUUAUGACAUCAAACAACAUAUCUUGAGAGAAUCAAGACACGAUGGCACUGAAGUCAUUGGAAAAGGAAGACAUGUGUAUCCUUUUUCGUUCAGGAUUCCUGAUGGAAUACUGCCAUCAACCUAUAAAGGAGCCCAUGGAAAAAUUGUUCAUAAGGUGAAAGCAGAGCUGAAACAAUCAAUGAAGAUUACAAAAAAAACCAAGGUCCACUUCACUUUUGUGUCCAAGGCACACAUGGGUAUUCCUGGACUUCUGGAACCUCAGUAUACUUAUAAGGAUAAAUCUGUUUUGGGCUCUGGAAAGGUUUCAGUAGAUGUCCAUACCACUCAGAUGGGAUACAUGCAAGGCGAAGCUUUUGUGGUCACAGUUGAAAUCAACAACAACUCGAGUCGCACAGUGAAGCCCAAAUUCAAACUGUAUCAGAAACACAGUUUCUUCGCCCAGGGCCACAGGAAAGUUUACACACACGACAUCCUUAAGGAUAAGGCUGAGGCUGUUGAAGCAUCUUCUGGCAGAAAAACUGUGACCAAGGUGAUCACCAUCCCUAGAGACCUACCCCCCUCCAUCUUGAACAGCCACAUCAUCAACCUGGAGUACAGGCUGAAGGUCCAACUGAAUAUCAAAUGUUCCAUUGAUCCAAAGCUCAAACUUCCUAUAGUUAUCAUGCCUGCGGUUGUGAAACAACCACAUCCUUCUGCUGGCAUUGGAUUUGACACUUUUAGGAACCCAGAAAAACCAUCCUGGGGAACUGCACCCCAGCAAACACCACCCCAGCAAACACCACCCCAACUUGCAGAUCUUCCACCUCCCUACGGAGCACAUGCGAUGUACCCCACUACCACUCUCGAUGAUUAUAAGACUGCACUUUGA